AUGGCCAACGGGGCUGUUACAAUGCGUUCUCGUCUCGAGAACCACGCUCGAUCACUCCCCAGCUCUCGAAGAGAACGGUACUGCGGCCUGGUAAACUACGGUAACACUUGCUACGCGAACUCGAUCAUCCAAGCGCUUUACUUCUGCGAACCGUUUCGUCGGGAAGUUUUGACUUUCUUCGCCGAGCUGCAGCGUCGACGCGAACGCGGACGUCGAACCAAGUCUGGUGUGGCGCUGGGCGACCUGAUCCCCGACAACUAUCCCUACCGCAAUAACCAAGCCGGGUAUCGGGAGAACGUGCUAACAGCACUGGCGGAUCUCUUUGCAGAGCUCCACGGCCUCAAGGGAAAGAACUCGAACGGUCCCGUUGUAAGCGUGUCUGUGGCGGCACUUGCUCGACAUUCUCCGAACACAGGCGUGCUUGACGGCACAGUACUGGCUCCACAGACCGCCACGUACACCGGUCUGGUUGAACCGCGGAACUUCAUCGCCCGAGUGCGACAAACGAGUGACCUCUUCGCAGGCUACAUGCACCACGACUCUCAUGAAUUCUUGAAUUUUCUUUUGAAUCAGUGCUCUGAACUUUUGAAGGAGGAGCACCGAAUGCACCUGUUGGCGUCUGAGCCUAGCCAAGGCGGCGUGAGCUCAGAGGAGCAGUUUACAACGUUCGUCGAGCGCAUUUUCCAAGGCGAGCUCGUCAACGAAACGCGAUGUCUGGGCUGUGAGACGAUAACGCGGCGUGAAGAGCAUUUUUUGGACUUGAGUCUUGAUAUUGAGCAGCAUAGUUCUAUAUCUGCCUGCUUAAGAAACUUUUCUGCCCAUGAGAUGUUGCGUUCUGGCGACAAGUUCUAUUGCAACGUCUGUCGAACGCUGCAGGAGGCCGAGAAACGCAUGCUCAUUCGCAGAGUGCCUCAAGUUCUGGCGCUGCAUCUGAAGCGUUUCAAAUUUCUCGAGGCGAACAUGAAGCUCUUGUACAAGAAACUGAAUUAUCGCAUUUCGUUUCCGAUGGAGCUUCGCGUUUGCAACGUCAGUGAUGACGCCGAGGACGUGGAUGGCCUCUACGAGCUAUUCUCUGUGGUGGUGCACGUGGGUGCAGGCCCCAGCCAUGGACAUUAUGUUACGCUGGCUAAGAGCAGCGGCGGCAUCUGGAUGCUCUACGACGACGACCAGGUAGAGGUUGUGGAGGACUACUCCCUCCAGGAAGUGUUUGGCAUCUCAGAGAGUGGCCAGAGCGUUACCGGUUCAUGCUCUAGCGAUUGCGGUUAUAUUCUGUUCUAUAUCCGGCGAGAUGCGGAGUCAUCGAAUGGCGCAAAUGAUUGCGAACACCAUCCGGUCGCUUGA